AUGAAAUGUAAUGAAUUUGAAAAAAGUAAAUCUCGCCACAUGAACCUGGAUAAUUUGGAUAAAGCCUUGCACGACUUGGGCAUGCUGAGUGCAAUAACCGAAGCGCGUCGUGAAUAUUUACGCGAUUCUAAAUCAAAUUACAGCGUAAUGCGAUUGAAUACUCGCUACGUGUCGAACGUGACCGUGGGUUACUGUAUGAAGCGAGCGACAAACAAAAACAGACUCUGCCCCUACGUGUUGCCCAUCAGACACAGAACUAAGAGUGAAAACUCGGACGCGAUCGGUAGUGACGUGAACGAUAGCUCGUGCGAGUAUAAAAACAGUUUAUUAGAGCCAUCCACCAGUGGUUACAACCACGAGUGCGCCAAGAGUCCAGCGAAGCGCUGCCAGUCUCUAGAGAAUCUGAACCUGACUGUGGAAGCUACUCCAGGGCCAGAAGCAUCACCUGAUAUGGACUGUGUUUCUACGCGAAUCCAAAAGUUACAAGUUGAUGAAUGA